AGGUCUGUUCCUAUGUUUUCUAUAUUUUGUUUCAUGUUUCCUGUUCAAAGCAUAACUAUUUAUUUUAUCUCAUUUUAAAUACAGAGAGAAAGAAAGAGAAGGGGGGUAGAGGAAAGAAAGGAGAGAGUGCAGGCAAGCGCAGUUAAUUCAACAAAGCCCUCCAGUCUCCAGUACCGUCCUGUAUGUGUGUGCACAUAUACUGUGAUACUUCCAUACGUAAUGAGCCUCGGCAAAAUAAGGCAAGGCAAGACAAGGUGAAGCAACGUCAAAUGAGGCAACGUCGUCCGUCGUUUGCGGAAGGGGAAAAAUAUGGGGGAGACCAGUGUGUUACGCGCUCAUCACGCACAUGAGUGUCAAUCGACAGUCCAGCUUCGGCAGUGUCCAGCGGCGUAGGUGGAUGAGCGGCGGCAGCGCUUGGAGCACGUUCACAGCUUUGGUGCGCCAAGCAUGGAUCUGACGAGACAGCAACAACAGCGAUCGUUGGCGAGCGCGUGCCACGGCCCGUUGCCGUUUCCACGCAGACCAUGGAUGAGCGAGACUGGCGUCGCUGCCGCCGCCGCUGCCUCCGGCAACCUGGGUCUCAAAGGGGUCAUAGCCGGUGGUAUUACUGGAGGCAUAGAAAUUUGUAUCACAUAUCCCACCGAAUAUGUUAAAACGCAGUUGCAAUUGGACGGAAAAGCCGGUGCUGGUAAAGAAUAUACAGGAAUAGUUGACUGUGUCACCAAGACCAUCAAGACUCGCGGAUUCUUUGGUUUAUACAGAGGCUUGUCUGUUCUGCUUUAUGGUUCUAUACCAAAGUCGGCAGUACGAUUUGGCGCUUUUGAGUCGGUGAAAAAGCAAUUGAUGGAUGCGGAUGGAAAGCUUAAUCCACAAAGGAGGCUCUUCGCCGGCCUUUGCGCUGGUGUGUGCGAAGCGAUUUUCGCGGUUACUCCGAUGGAAACGAUUAAGGUGAAAUUCAUCAACGACCAGCGUUCGGUAAAUCCAAGAUUUAGAGGAUUUGCUCAUGGAGUUGGCAUGAUUGUGAAGGAACACGGCUUUAAAGGAGUGUAUCAAGGAGUAGUACCAACAAUCUUGAAACAAGGAUCCAAUCAAGCCAUUCGUUUCUUCGUGAUGGAAACAUUAAAAGACUGGUACAAAGGAGGUGACAAUACUAAAAGUGUUCCUAAAGUAGUCGUCGGUGCAUUUGGCGCAGUUGCUGGCGCAGCAUCGGUUUUUGGAAACACGCCUAUUGACGUUAUAAAAACUAGGAUGCAGGGAUUGGAAGCUUCAAAGUAUAAGAGCAGUAUGGAUUGCGUGAUUCAGGUGUGGAAGAAAGAGGGUCCAAUGGCAUUUUAUAAAGGAACCAUUCCACGAUUGGGCAGAGUCUGUUUAGAUGUUGCAAUAACAUUCAUGAUAUAUGAUUCCUUCAUGGAACUUUUUAACAAAGUAUGGCCUUAGGUCUGUCGCAUUUUGUAUAUAUACGAUACAUUCUCUCAGAUUUUACAAAUAUUGCUUUUAUGUUGACGUACUUUAAAAGCGUAUUUGUGUAAAACAUAUUUUUUAGAUUAGAGUUUUUAUUUAUAUUUUUAUUUAAGAUAUAUGCGAUGAGAAUGUUAUUUGAUGGUAAUGUUUAUAACAGCCACAUAUCGAAAAUCACAAUGAAGCAAACGUGUGGCGAAUGCAUCUCUUUCACACAAAUUGAUUUUAUUUAUGAGGUUAUGAGCUUUUAUUUUACAUGAUAUGAUUGUGUGAUAUUACUACCUCCGGUUCUAAUUGCAUUUAUAUGUGCAAUGCACAAAAAUUUCCAAUUAACUACGGAAAUUAUAAGCCUGUUUUUUUUAACUGAACUUUUUGCACGAUUCGUCUUUUCUCUUUUUCU